AUGAAAAACAGCAAAAAACAAUUAUGUGAUCGACUGAAAUGUGCAGAACAACAUUGGAAAUUGAAUAACGCGCAGACAACGGGGCAAUCGCAAGGAAGCAGCGGCACGAAGGACUUCUGGAAAGAAGAAGUCAAGGGGAAGCUGGACAGUCUCUUUAAUGGGACGACUACUACUGGUAGCAGUAGCACCACUGUUGCCGAUUGCAACAGCGGAAACCUAAAUAAUGCAAAUAAAGCAGCAUGCGAAUACAUGGCAAAAUUUUUGCAUCACAUGUACACAAACACAAAUGGCAAUGACAAAUAUUCUGAUCAAAUGAUAAAAUGUGUUCUUUUAAAAGAAUAUGCUAAAAAAUUAAAUGAACAAGCAAAAUUAAAAGGAUAUUGUGACAUGAAGACGGGAAUGGAAUAUGCUUUCAAACAGAGUGGAACUAUUAUGACUUCGUCAGGUCAAUGCGGAAAUGGUGCCCAGGAUGCUAAUUGUUUUGAGUGUAAAUGGAACGAUAAUGACGAACUUAAAGAUUGCUCCAUUCCCAAUGGCACCCUAGAAGAAAAUGUAAAGAAGAAAGUGGAUGAAUUGUUCCCGCAGAACAAACAAACGCAGGACGACGAAAUACAGAAAACUUUGGCUAACUUCAAUGAGAAAAAUAAGUUAUGUGAAUGGGUAAAAUGUGCCGCAAAGCGAUGGGAAGAGAAAAACGGCGGGAGUGGAAAGCAGAAUUUUUGGGACACCUAUGUCAAGGGGAAGCUGGAAAAACUUCUUUCUGAUACGACUACUAGUAAUGGUGGCACCGCAGGUGCCAAUUGCGACAGCGACGAUUCCCUAGAUAGUGCAAAUAAAGAAGCUUGCAAACUGUUUACUGCUAAAUUAGAACAUAUGUACAAAAAUGGGAGUGGUGGUCCUAACCAAUAUUCUGAUCAAAUUAUAAAUUGUCUUUUAUUGAAAGCUUAUGCUGAAGAAUUUAAAAAAAAAGCAGAAGAGAAAGGGUAUUGUAGUAUAGAAGGUGGUUUAAGCAAAGCUUUUGAAAAAAGUAAAGAAAUUAUGAAGACUGCGUCAGGUAAAUGCGGAACUGAUCCUAAUGACAAUAAAUGUUUUGAAUGUAAAUGGGACAUCACCACUAAGGACGGAUUUGAGAAUUGCCUCAUUGACGGCACCUCUAAGGAAGUAAAGGACAAAGUGGUUGAAUUGUUCAAAGAAAACAAACAAACGAAGGAGGACGAAGUACAUAAAACCUUAACUGAUUUUAAUAAUAAAAACCCCCUCUGUGAGCGUCUCCAAUGUUUAGCAGCUAAAGGACAAGCACAAAACGGCAACGAUGAAUUCUGGACGACGGAUGUUAAGGAAUUGUGGGAAGAACUGGUAAAGGAAAUGAAGAAGAAUGGCGGAACAGGGGAGACGCAAUGUGAUAACAUGAAAGAUGCAACUCCAUCUGAAAAGAAGGCAUGUAACUUUCUGCAUGCGGGCUUAAACCAACUGUACAAUAAUACGGGGAUGGCGGCGUCGAGGACGCCGUCGUCGUCAGUCAACGGCAAACUUUUGUCCAACCCAUCGUUGAGACAAACGAUGGGUUGCUUUUUACUUCAUUAUUAUGCAAAACAUAUGAAGGAAAAGGCAAUGUGUGAGAUUGAUGCUGGUAUAAACAAAGCUUUCAGUUUGUGGCAGGACCCCAGUAAGAAAUCACCUUCCACUUGCCUGAAUGGUGCCAAUGGCAAGGGACCUUGUGUCCCUUGCCAUUGGAACAAAGACAUCCUUGAAAGUUGCAAAAUUGACACAAAUGGCACAGCUGGCAGCACAGUACAAACGGAAGUAAAGAAUAAAUUGGAUAAAGUGGUCACGAAGGACGACGACAACAUAAAAGAAAUGGCGGAAGUCGUAAAUAAUAUGAAAUUAUGUCAACGUGCCCAAUGUAUAUCUGAAAGAUGGUUAAAGAGCCAAGGGAAAGGAAACAAUGGCAAACCUCUGACAAAAGAAGACUGGAAGGAUGUGUGGACGGAAGUCGGAAAGGAAUUCACCGAACUGGGCACUAAAAUAUCUGCUCAUAAAGAAGACUCAACUGUCAAGGGCAUUUGCACUAUGGAUGAGAAGGGAGGAAAGGAUGCUUGCCUCCUUAUAGCAGCAGGAUUAAAAGACCUCUACGAAAUUAACGAUAACGACCCCGCUACGGCAUCGUUCAAAAGAACGAUGCGUUGUGUUCUAUUAAAUGCCAUUGCAGAUAAAAUGAAGGACGAUCUGCCAUGUAACGUUGAAAGGAGUGUUAAGGCAGGGAUUGAGGAGGCAUUUAAGAAGAGUGGUGAUAUUAUGACCGCAGGUAAAGGUUGCCAGAAUGGUAAUGUUACGUGUUUUAAGUGUGAAAGGGUACCCUUGAGGAAUCUCGUACUUUGUAGCCUAGACUCCGAGAGAAAUACUCAGAAUCUAAAGAAGAAGAUAGAAGAUGAUUUGCUUAAGGAAGGCGAAAACACAGAAAUGACGAAAAUUAAGGCCCAAGCAGUGAAGGACAUAUGUAAACCGUGUGAUCAGACGAACUUAUGUGAUAAGCUUAAGUGUAUUGCGCCUAAAUGGGCAGUGAAUAAGUUUCUAGGGUCAAACGAUGGUACUUGGAAUAAUAUGCAGAAUGACUUCACGACGCAGUUAACGAAUUUGCUGAAUAACAUGAAGGACGAGAAAAAUCAGACUGCUGCUGCGGGCCAUUGCAACAACGCCAAUUGGAAGGAUAACGACGCUCAUGGCGCUGCUAACAGAGAAGCCUGCAAGCUGGUUGCAGCAGGGCUGCAGCAUAUUUCGAAAAUUCAGGAAAAUCACUCCACGGGUCAGCAUACCCCCUACGAUAACCAAGAGUUCAAACAAGUCGUUUCCUGUUUUAUGUUAAACGCUGUCGUACAAAAAAUGAAAGAAGUCAGCAAAAUUUGUGACAUAGACCAAGGGAUUAGGGUCGCUUUUCUAAAGGCAGUGGACAUUAAAGACACUCAUUGCAAGAAUGAUAAACCUUGCAUUGUUUGCAAAUUGGACGACAAAUAUGAUGCGUGCUCCUUUGACAAAAACAAAGCGGACAAUGUAAAGGACAAAUUGGAUUCAUUACUCACAGAGAAGGGAGACGACGUCAAUGGAACCCUCAAGGAAUUACUUAAAACAGACCAAAAAGAUGCAUCCUUAUGUUCUCGUCUCCAAUGUUUAGCAUCUCGAGUUCAGAUGGCCCAUGGCAAGAACAGUGCGGACGAUUUCUGGGGGAAGGAAGGCGGCGAAGUCGCCAACUUAUGGAAAGAAUUGUCACAAGCAAUGACGAAUAAUGGAAUGAACGGAGGUGAUUGUGAGACAAUGGUAGAUGGCACUGCCACGAGCACCACUAGACCUGCUACUGACCCUGAAAAGAAGGCAUGCCAACAUCUUACAGCAGGUUUCAACAAACUAAAAGAAAAUCCAAAGAAUGGAACUCCAACCUACACCAUCUUGAAGGACAACCCACUGUUGAGACAAACAGUGGGUUGUUUACUUCUUAAAGAAUAUGCAAAGAAAAUGAAAGACAAAUCAAAAUGUGUUAUCGAAUCUGGAAUAAAAAAAGCUUUUGGCUCAUGGGGUCAAAUUCCUAAUGGACCAUGCACGGGCAAUAGCCCUUGCAUUGAAUGUAAAUGGGAAGACACUAUUGAUAGUUGCACCGUGGCGGCUGGCACAGCCGGCACGGAGAAAAUAAAAGAAAAAGUUAAUACAAUACUUCCAGACAAUGAUGGCACCUUGACUACCACCAUGAAGGACAUAAACGAAACAGAUUCUUUAUGUGCCAAACUGCAAUGUGCCGCACCCAAAUGGUUCCAAAACCAAAUGAACGGUACUAGUGGUACUCCUACUACUAAGAAGGAUUGGUGUGACUUUUGGGAUACGACUGUUAAAGGCGAACUUCUGAAUAUGUUCAAAAUAAUUCAGACGAAUGGAAAUGACACAUCAAAGACCAAGCAUAAUACUACAUGCCAAAGCUUUGGUGAUGGUAAUCCACUUAGUGUUGAAAGAAAAGCAUGUAAUCAUAUCGCGGAGGGACUAAAAUACAUUUCUGAAGUUCAAGGUGUCGCCAACGGCGGCACCCCGAAUUCAACUUUUCAGGCUGAUGAUAAGUUCUUUAAACAAACUAUGAUGUGCGCAGCACUUAACCUUUACGCAACUAAAAUAGGAGAUGAGUCGAAAGAGAAAUGUCCCAUUGAUGAAUCUAAAAUAAAUGAAAUGUUCACUAAUUGGAAUCAAAAUCAUAAUUCUCCGUGUUCUGGUAGUGGUGCUAAUAAUAAUGUUUGUUUUAAAUGCACAAGACAACCAAACUUUAGUAGUUGCGAACUUAGUGUUGACAGCUCUUUGAUUAGUACAACACCAUCAACACAAAGUGGACAUAAUUGCAAUUCUAACACCGACAGAGAUAAUGUCCAAGACGAAAUGAAAAAACUCCUCAAUGAAGACCAAUCCAACCUCAACUCCAUUAAAUCCAACAUAACGAACACCUUAUCUACUAUCACUGAAAUGAAAUCUUCUUUCUGUACUCAACUCCAAUGCGCCAUUAAAAAAAAACUGAAGAACGAAGUGAAACUUCCAAAUGGAACACCACCAUCUUGGGAAAACAUCGAAAGUGACGCCACGAAGGAAUUAACUGCACUUUUAAAAGAUAUGAACGACCCCAAAAAGCAGUCGGCUGCUGCCCAAUACUGCAAUGACGCCAACGUCGCAUGGAAUACUAAGGGCCAUACAGAAAGGCGAACAAAUAAAGCAGCUUGUUUACUUUUUGCUGCAGGAUUAAAGCACAUUUAUAACCAGCAGAAGGGCCAUGUUAAUGGCCCAUCGUUUGGACAAACGAUGGGUUGUUUAUUUCUUAAAGAAUAUGCAAAACAAUUAAAACAAGUGGCAAACGAGGAGAAAAAAGGAUAUAGUUGGGUACAUCCUCUUUGUGACAUAGAUAAGGGCAUAGAACAUGCUUUUGAACAAAGUGAAAGCAUUAUGAAUGCAACAUCUCCAUGCAAUAAUGGUACUAAUUCUUGUUUUGUGUGCAAACAAAACGAAGGUUAUAAUAAUUGCCACAUUGGCACUGACAAUGUAAAGCAAAAAGUGGAUAAAUUGUUCAAAGACGAUUCCACGAAACAAACCCAUAUGCAACAAACUUUAGAGAAUACAGUCUGUCCCAUCCUUCUUACGGAUCUCCUUACCCCUUUUCUUCCUUUGGCUCCUGUCUCCAUUGGCCUUUCUGCUAUGGCUUAUUACCUUUGGAAGUAUUUUGGUCCUCUUGGUAAAGGAGGACCACGUUUUAGAAGAUCUCCUACUGAAAUUCCUGGUCCAUCAGUACAAGAACAAGUCCUCGAUCAUGUGCAGCAAGAUAGUCCACAUGAAUAUCAAUUGGUGAAGGAACGAAAACCUCGUUCUGCUCCAACAAGAACGAAACGUUCUGGUCGCGUGAAUCGUCGAACGAUUAUUGAAAUUCAUUUUGAAGUGUUGGAUGAAUGUCAAAAAGGGGACACACAAUUGAACCAGAAGGAUUUUCUGGAACUUUUGGUUCAAGAGUUCAUGGGAUCCGAAUUUAUGAAAGAAGAACAGGUUCCUAAGGAAGAAGUUCUUAUGGAAAAUGUUCCAAUGGAAGGUGUUCCAAGUUUAGCUUCCGGGUUUAUGGUUUAG